CGGAAGUUGGCGUCUUGUCUGUUGCUAUGUGUGUAUGUGCUCACUGUGGUCUUCAGUAUGGUGUCUGCCCAGUACUGUGCAAGGCGGUGCCGUUGUGAAGGCACCACGAUGGAUUGCAGUCACGGGGGCCACCCAGGCUUCCCACCAGAAGACUUGAUACCAUCCUCGACAGAAACUCUUCUGAUGAACGAUAACCGGAUGAUAACUGUGCCUUUGGGGCCUCGACUUCCAAACCUGUUAGAACUAAGCCUCGAAGAUAACUGGAUCACGACGCUUGAAAGAUCCCCCUUCCGCCUGCGGCCAAAUCUGAAGGUUCUUCGGCUUGAGGGGAAUAAAAUCAUCCAUGUGGUCAGGGAUGCCUUUGAUGGACUUGACAAACUUGUGAAACUGUAUCUGAACCGUAACAACAUUGAAACGGUAGACGCGUUUGGAGGAAGUUCUGCUACAAGUAGUUUGGAGAUGCUGGACUUACAGAGAAACAAACUCGAGUCUAUAACGAUUGGUACUUUCACUGGAAUUCCAUUGCUUACGGAGCUCAACUUAUCGUCCAAUAACAUCUCAACGAUUGAAGAUGGGAGCUUCAGUGGUCUCAAAAAGUUACGUGUCCUCUACCUGCAUUCCAACCAGAUCGUUCGGCUGACCAACGAGACAUUUAUGGGGCUGUCCUCGUUGAAGCGUCUUGUUUUGGCUGACAAUAAGAUGCAGAAUCUACCAGAUAUGGUCUUCAGUGAUUCCACAGCGCUGGAGUUUCUUGAUCUCAUAUCUAACGGUAUCUCCCAAAUCACACAGACAACAUUCUCUGGAUUGUUCAAUCUAACGGCACUGUAUCUGGAUAGUAACAACAUCAGCACUGUAGAAGACUGUGCGUUUCGUGAUCUGGUCAAACUACACACGUUGUCACUGUCCAACAACACGCUACAGGACAUCUCAGCAUCCACUUUUCUCGGUCUGGCUCCUGACGAUAGAACAGACAGUACAGGACUGGAGGAGCUGCACCUCUCUCGGAAUCGUCUCACGGCUGUGAGAAGGGAGGAUUUCGCAAGGCUGACAAAACUGACUCGUUUGCGGCUUUCCGUCAAUGAAAUUACAAGUGAAGGACUGGAAGAUGGUUCAUUCGCCAACCUCGGCAACCUUGUCUACUUUACUCUAAGGCGCAACCUUCUUACGAAUAUUUCUGCAGCAACACUUCAAGGGUUGACGGCUUUGCAAACAUUGCGACUAGGAGGAAAUGAGUUCCGAGGCUUCCACGCGUUUGCGUUCGCCAAUCUACCAACCUUAAGAACGCUUUCACUUCCGGGGAACCCCUACAGUAGUAACUCCUUUCACCCUGAUGUAUUCGGCAAUUUAACGGCACUACAAUACCUGGAUAUCGCCAGAGCAACGAGCUUGUCACCGCGAGUGUUUCGCCACCUACCCUGCCUCCAAACUGUGCAAUUUGGGAACAGUCUUACCUGCGAUUGUGACAUACUUGAUCUAGCGAAAUGGCUGAAUAAACAGCUGUGGAUGCUCUGCGAUAUGGCACAUCGUCACAGCCAGUGGUUUGCUAUAUCUACAAUCCGCGGCGGAGGGCAGUUCUUCUCAGCAACCUUCGAGAGGAAGACUUGCAGAUGACGUGCCCAACGACAACCGACCCCCCACCCACGGAAUCUACUGUGCAGACCUGCCCAACAUCUCUUACUACUGAAGUGGUGACAUCUCCUCGCCUUGUGACAACACCGACAGCAACAACACAGCUUCCACCCUCUCUUACAACAAGAAGACAGCCUGGAACCUGCUCCGCCCCAAAGGCCAUCGCCGUGCAAAACGUACAGGACUCUCGUGCUGAAAUCACAUGGUUUCACGCCGGUAAAGCUGCAAGUGUGGACCUGACAGGAUUCGUCAUUCAAUACCAAAUCUUUGGGCAGAAGUCGUGGACGGAUACGCAAAAGGUUCACUCCGACGAACGCUACUUUGCCAUAGCCCGACCUUCUUCCCAAUACGCCCUACCAAGCAUGUGUUGCCGUUCUUUGCAAGGAUGAGCUUAGAAAACCAGGACUGGACCACUGUGUGACAUUUUCAACGAAGACCGUAUCGACAAAUCAGUUGCCGCGGACAACAGUGGUCGGCUUGGCCGUUUGUAUCCCAUCGUUGCUGGUCAUCCUCUGCCUAGUAGCGGCAGUCGCCAUUGCCUUAAAGAAGAGAGGGCCUUUUUCUUCAGAGCAUGAAGCUGGUCACUCCCCUGAGCGUCCUCAACUCCAGCAGGAAGCCAAUCCCAGCACGGCUGACGCUGCAGUUGGUCCCGUGGAGGACCCGCCGUACCACAGCAUCAACGACAAUCCGCAGGUACGUCCUGAUCGGGAGAACAGGUACCAAAACGCAGGAUUCGAAGAGGAGCCAGGGGCUGAUGGAAUCACCAGCUCAUACCUGGAUUUGGGCCAAGCUGGGGACGUCCUCAACU